AGCUUUUUGGGGCUUAAGUCGUAGUUAAUUUUGUAUUUCAGGGGUCCUCGCUCCUGCCCAGCGCGCUAAAGGCGUGUGCAGGAGGCUGUGCCCGAGCUCUAAUUAGGAGCGCGCCGCGCGCCAUGCUUGGGCCAGUGGCACUUCCGGCGAGGUCUGCGACGCACGCGCCCUUCGUUACCGUGGACCGCAGGGAGGCGGGCUACGCCAGCCAGCACGAGUACAACGAGUUCGCCGUGGCCGCAGUGAUGAACAAUUGCUUGACCGCCCUGCCUCAGCCCAGGCCGCCGCCAGCACUGCUCAUGGCGCAGCGCGCCAUGGCUGCUACUGCCGGCAUGUUCGACUUCGCUGGCUGCGCGCUCGCUGCACCUCUGGCUGUGACCCACCCUGCGCCGAGGGCGCCAGCCCUGACGCCGUCCUCAGUACGCUUGCCUGCGCGCAUGUUCGCGAGCAGCGGUCCAGUCCAGCAUGGCGCGGCCCAGCUCGGCGGCGGCUCCCUCGGGCUCGCGGAUUCCUCGAGCCAUGGCAGGGGCGGAGCCGUCGCAUGCGACGUCAGCUUCGUGGCGCCCUGGCCGGUGGUGUACGCCACGCUGGCGCCCGCGCCUCCCGCAGUGGCCUGCACGGCGACAGCCGCGGCCGCCGCGCUGGGUGCCACUGCCGGCGCCGCCGCGGCCAGCAGCCGCGGGGCGUGGACGUCACCGGGGGCAACGCCGCGCGCCGUCUGAGAGCCCCUGCCUGCGAGGGUGCCGACCCCCACGAAGAGCAGCACGGACCUCGAGCGAGCGGCGCGCCUGCGGUGCGCGGGCGGGGCGGACGUCACGAGCGCGUGAUGGCCCCGCCACGAGCAGCGGCCUGACCGGAAGUGGAUCGUCCCUGCAUGCGCUCCCCUCCGCGGCAUGUGUAGUCCCUUCACUCCGCCCCUCGACGCAGCCACGAAACCGGAGGCGUGAAAGGAAGGAAGCGGGGGCUACGUGCUUCUAUGCAGACCUACCCCUCGCAUGUCUGGCAGCGUGCUUCUUGGGGGAGCUGCUCAGCACCGCCACAUCGCGUCACGGCUGUAGCUCUGCGCGCGGCUGGUUCAUUGCACUCCCACAG